ACACGAGAGCCCGGCAGCGCGGGGAGCAGUCGCGCCGUGCCCGCCCCGCGGCGCCCCCCCCUCCCCCCCCAACCCCUUCUCCCUCCACCUCCUUCUCCUCCUCCUCCUCCUCCUCCUCCUCCUCUUCUUCGGCUCGCCGUCCCCCGCCCGCCUCCAGCCGGGCUGGGCUGCCCGAGCCGCCUGGGUCGGGUUUGUUCGGGCGGGGCUGCAGCCGGAGCACGGCGGCGGGGAUGCUGCUUUCCAAAAUCAACUCGUUGGCCCAUCUCCGUUCUGGGCCCGGCGCAGAGCUGCACGCCGCCAAGCUGCCCGCAGGGAAGGAGAAGGAGCCGCUGGAGAAGCUGUACCAGGUGGGCCCGCUGCUGGGCAGCGGGGGGUUCGGCUCCGUCUAUUCGGGGAUCCGCCUCUCCGACAGCGCCCCGGUGGCCAUCAAGCACGUGGCGAGGGACCGCAUCUCCGAGUGGGGCGAGCUGCCCAGUGGCACGCGCGUGCCGAUGGAGAUCCUACUGCUGAAGAAGGUGGGCACAGAUUUCCGCGGCAUCAUCCGCCUCCUCGAUUGGUUUGAACGUCCCGACAGCUUCGUGCUGGUGCUGGAGCGGCCAGAACCGGUGCAGGACCUCUUUGACUUCAUCACAGAACGGGGGGCCCUGGCGGAGGAGCUGGCGCGGGAGCUGUUCCGCCAGGUGCUGGAGGCCGUGCAGCACUGCCACGACCGCGGGGUGCUGCACCGCGACAUCAAGGACGAGAACAUCCUCAUCGACCUCGCCACCGGUGAGCUGAAGCUCAUCGACUUUGGCUCCGGUGCCCUCCUCAAGGACACAGUCUACACCGAUUUUGAUGGCACGCGGGUCUACAGCCCGCCGGAGUGGAUCCGCUACCAUCGGUACCACGGGCGCUCGGCAACUGUGUGGUCCCUGGGCGUGCUGCUGUAUGACAUGGUGUGCGGGGACAUCCCCUUCGAGCACGACGAGGACAUCCUGCGCGGCCAGGUGUACUUCAGGCAGAGGGUCUCUCCAGAGUGCGAACACCUCAUCCGGUGGUGCCUUUCCCAGCGCCCCUCAGACAGACCGUCGUUUGAGGACAUCUCCAACCACUCUUGGAUGCAGAGCGUCCACCUGUCCCAGGAGGCGGCAGAGAUCCACCUGCACAGCUUGCUUCAGGAGACGGGCAAAUAGCACCUCUGGUGUCUCCUGUAAGGAGCGGACCAUUGCCUUGGGACUGUGGGAUUGAGUUGAGAUCAUCACUUGGCACCGUGCGGUUCUCUGGAGCCAAAGUCACCCAGAGGUUGGAUCCCAGCUGGACUCGGACUCAGUGGUCCUAUCUCACUUGAUGUUUUUUUCAGUAAACUUUGGGGUUUUGGUUCUGUCUCUGGGGGCUCCCACGAGUCUUCCUGGCCUGCUGAAUUCGGGACUAUGAGAGGAUUGGAACUCUGAAAAGCUUCAACAGGGGGAAAUCUGUAUGGGGAGGGCAGGGCAGGUGCUGUGGUCUGUGUGCCGUCACCAUCUUCGAGUGCCUUCAGUCGUGACGUGGGCUGUGCUGGAGGAAAUACUUGAAUUUUCCUACACUGCUGCUUUUCCAUGCCUUGCCUGGGUGUUAGAGCUACUUUUCCCUUCCCAGAAGGAAGCAGGUCAGGAGGAGCUCGGAGCCCCGCGGCGAUGCCUUCCCUGAGCCCUCUGCUUCCCAAUGCACAAACAAUGCAACCCAACAGAGCUGUAAAUGCGUGUACAGAGUUAUUAUACAGGAGCAAAGCUUGGUGUACAGUUGUUAAUAAUGGUAACAUUUUUGCCCUUUUUUAUUCCCCCUCCAAGUUUUUAAUUUAUUUUUGUGGAUAUUCUUUUUUUUUUUAUUAUUUUUGAUUUUUGCAAGGAGGAGCCUGAGCCAGGAGGAUAACUUAUUUAUUUAUUUAUAACCCAUGUGGGUCCUGACCCAUGUUUUGCUUCUGCAGCUGCUGACCCCCAGUGCCCAGUCAGAUUUUGCUCUGUGUCCAUGUGUCUGUCCCACAUCACGGAUGGAUUUGGGGUUUUGGGGGCUGGGGGGGCUGUGUGUGCCCAUGCACUCUUCGGGCUGAGCUUGCAGAGAGCGCUGUUGUCUGUACAUGCAACCUAUGCGUCACCCGCGGGUUUUUGUUAAUAGUUAAUAUUGUACAGGGGAAUUCAGAAAUCCUAUUUUUUUUAUACAAUGCGGUUUUAAAUAAAAAGAAAAUCGUGGA